AUGAUUCAAAAAUUGAUUGAUGCAGAAGAUCUUAAGCAGUACGUGGAAAGAGCUGAAACCGUAGACAAAGCCAAACGAAGAAAGCAAGUUAAGCUACCCGAAGCAAACCAUACUAUUAACACCAUAUCGUGCUCCGAGACCAUGGAGCCAUCUCUCACUGCUCAAAUAGGGAAGAGGUUGAGAAAACAAUUCGAAGAUUAUUGUGAGCUAUACAAAAUCGAUGUGAAAGAAGUGGACGAACAUGAGCAGUGGAUGGACACACCCAUGGUCUUCGAUGCUAAAUAUGUCGAAGAAGAUACGGAGGACCAUAACGACCCGUUGGUCCUUACUUUACCUGUGGCAGGGUGCAACAUUAGGAAAAUCCUCAUCAAUGGGGGAAGCUCAGUCAAUGUUUUGUUCUACGAUACAUUCAAACGGAUGGAGCCAAACGAUGAGCAGCUCCUGACUUCGUACUACACAAUCUAUGGCUUCAAUGGAGCAGCCAUGAAGCUAUUGGGAGACAUCGUCUUGAAAGUAGACGCAAGACCAAUGAAGGUUGAUACCCUUUUUAGCGUGGUGGAUGCACCGUCACUAUAUAAUGCCAUAAUUGGAUGCACAUGGGUACAUAAGCUCAAAAGAGUGGAUGCUACCUACCACCAAUACCUAAGAUUUCCAACCCCCCAAGGGGUGAUGGAAAUAAAAGGAGACCAAGUUACUGCGCGAGAAUGCCAAGAUCUGCAGAACCAUCUCAACAACGAGCAAGACGAACAAAGAAGAUCCCGGAGAUCUCGAAACAAGGCAGCAUCUAAAGAGAAAGUGAUUGACGACUACUUGGAGAAAAUCUCUGGAAGAAGCCUUUCAAAAUAG